AUGAGGACGUCCAUAACGCGGAGUCAAGCCAGGAAGCUCCUGCACAACAAGUUUGUGGUGAUUCUCGGUGACUCAGUGCAGCGCGCCAUAUACAAAGACCUGGUGCUGCUGCUUCAGAGGGAUCAGUACUUGACUCUGUCUCAGCUGAAAACCAAGGGGGAGAUCUCCUUCGAGCAGGACUUCCUGAUCGAGGGGGGUCGACUGGGUUUCAUGAACAAUGGCACCGAGUACAGAGAGGUGCGACAGUACCGCUCAGACCACCACCUGAUGCGGUUCUACUUCCUGACGCGAGUCUUCUCCUCGUACAUGAAGAGCAUCCUGGAGGACUUCAGACGAGGAAUCAAACCUGACGUCAUCAUAGUCAGCUCGUGUGUCUGGGACAUCUCCAGGUACGGCCCUGUGAGUCUCGGAGACUACAGAGAGAACCUCCACCAGUUCUUCAGUCAGAUUAAAAACAUCGUUCCUCUCGACUGUCUCAUCCUGUGGAACAUGGCCAUGCCACUUGGCAAGAAAAUCAAGGGAGGAUUCCUGGUGCCUGAAGUGAGCCACCUUGGCCCCUCUCUGCGUCACGAUGUCAUUGAAGCAAACUUCUUCGGCUGCAUGACCGCGGACGAAUACAGCCUGGACGUCCUCGACCUGCACUUCCACUUCCGCCUCAGCCUGCAGCACCGCAUGCCGGACGGCGUCCACUGGGACGCGCUGGCCCAUCGACACAUCAGCAGCCUGCUGCUGCAUCAUGUCGCUGACGCCUGGGGAGUCGACCUGCAUGAGCCCGCUGCCUCUCAAGGACAAGUAACCCCCGAGAGAUCAGUCCCGCCGCAUUUCGAGCAGAGUCCCUUCUGGUCAGACAGACUUGAGCUGCCACAGCAAAACUCACACAAACUCACAGUAACCCACGAGAGAUCGGUCCCGCCGCAUUUCGAGCAGAGUCCCUUCUGGUCAGACAGACUUGAGCUGCCACAGCAAAACUCACACAAACUCACAGUUCUGCAGGGUUACACAGACUUUGAACGUCACACCACCAGACCAGAAAGACCCCACCCGAGACCGCUGCAGGACCUAGGUUAUCAACCUCCGAACACUCCGAACCGAUUCCCGGAGGAGCGAGGUCGUCAACAGUUACAAUAUGAUCGGCCAUCUUUUGACUACAGGCUCCAUGAAGGUGGAGAUAAUGGUUUCCGAGCAGAUGAUCGCUGCAUGAGACGGAGGAGGAGGCCUAACAGGACUCAGCCGUACCCCUCUCAUCAGCCCCCCCACACGCCACACAGGUACCCUGCGUACAGAUGGUGA